AUGGCGGUACGACAUGAUCCAAUUGUGUAUUAUGCAAUGCUUCAAGUUCUUAGUAAGACUAAGUUGUGUCAGGGGGCUAAACGGGUGCUCCAGCUUAUGGUAAAGAGGAAGAUUGAGUGUAGGCCUGAAGAUUUUGGUUGUGCGAUAGUUUCUUUCAGUAGGGCUGGGGAUAUUAGAAAAGCUAUGCAGAUAUUAACUCUAAUGCAAAAGGCGGGAGUAGAACUUGAUCUGUCCAUAUGCAAUACUGCAAUUUAUGCUCUGGUGAAAGGCCAUAAGUUGGAGAAGGCAUUGAAAUUCUUGGAAAGAAUGCAAGUUUUUGUUAGUUACUUGGAGUUGUAG